UCAAAUGUUAAUCUGGAUGAGUUGACAGGUGGUAAACACAAUAAGUUAGGUAAGGUUGGUAAAGUGGUUCUGGACAAUAUCAUAAGUGAAAGAUUCGAGAGGAAGACUAAUGAAUACAUAGAAGAUGAACCAUCAGUACAUCCCAGAUCACCGUCACAAACCAGGAGAGUCGGAGCAUUAGAUUUCUACGCAGAGCGAGAUCGAUGUCUUCGAGAGCGUCGUUUAUUCGAAGAUCCUGAAUUUCCGGCAAGCGACAAGAGUUUAUUCUUCAGUAAAAGUAAAGCACCACGAAAACGCGUUGAAUGGAAGAGACCCGGGGAAAUCAUUGAUGCUCCACAAUUGAUCUACGAGGGCCAGUCACGUUUCGACGUGGUUCAAGGAGAUUUGAACGAUUGUUGGUUACUUGCAGCUGCAGCGGAUCUGACACUACGUGAUGAACUCUUCUAUCGUGUCGUUCCACCAGAUCAGAGUUUCACCGAGAAUUAUGCAGGUGGGUCAUCACGUUUCUGCGUUCACUCGAAUCUCUUUCAUUCGCCUGAAACGAUUCGAUUUUACGCUGGAAGAACCGAUACAUGCUAA